AUGGUGGGUUGCCGCCUCUCACGUGUCUUGAUGGAUGGCGGCAGCGGCCUCGACAUUAUCUUCACCAACACUCUAGAGAAGAUGAAGAUCUCACCAUCUAGCCUACGAACAUCGAACGUGGGUUUUCAUGGGGUGGUACCGGGCCACCCAGUCCGUCCCUUGGGGCGGAUUGAGCUCGAGGGCGUCUUCAGAGAUGGACGCAUCUACCGAAUCAAGGCAAUUCAGUUUGAGGUUGCUCCCUUCCAGAGUAGCUACCAUGUGAUCUCGGGCAGGCUCGCGUACGUGAAGUUCAUGGUGAUCCCAUCCUACGCCUACUUACAUCUAAAGAUGCCGAGCCCCAAUGGUACAAUUACCGUACGGGGGAGGGGCUAG